AUGGCGAAUCACGUCGAUGUCGAAAUCCAGGACCGUCAGACCCAGGUGCCACUGUGUGAUUUGGGCUUCGGCCCACUCUCCUGCUUUGUGACGAUGAAACCCUUCUCCUGUGACUACCUGACGCCCAUCAAGACUCCAUCGCGCCCCCACUCGGUGCAAAACCCGCCGCCAGACGAGUGGCGAGGCGCUCCAAUCUGGGAAGAGACAGAGACCAAGACAGAUCCCCCAAGUUUCGUUCCGACGACGAAGCCGAAAGCUGCGAACACCGCGGCGAACUCUGCGCACCCUGGCGCUGCGAACUCCGCCCUGGGAUCUCCCAAGCUCUUGACGACCGAUGUGACCUCCAUGCAAAGCUUCAGCAGCGGUGGAAGUUCCCCAACGCGGCGGCCCAAGAGAACGUCUCCGAAAGCCAAGACGAUGAGCCUCCCAAAACCGGCGCAGGUUUUGAGCACCUCCAGGUACAGCACCUCAGCAGCAGAAGGUCAGGACUUUCCCGACGAGUCCAAGCCACGUGCCACCAAGUUCCAAAGCGACGAGGAGGACAAGCAGCGUUUGCUGGACGCCUGGGCUUCGGGGCGACUCAUCGAGGCGAAUCGCUUGGUGCAGAAGUCCAUCACGUCGGGUCGUCGGUAUCACCUGAAGGUGAAGGACGUGGUGGACUUGGAAGUGGUGCAGCGCGUGGGAGAACACUAUGCCCAUGUCGCGUGGCGACGACUUGGCAGCAAUCCGUCGGAUCGAUGCGGCGUGCCCGAGUCGUUGGACGAGCUGGUCCAACAGGAGGAAGGAGCAGAGCAGAGCAGAAGGAUCGAACGCAAGUCUCGCUUUUGGCGAAAUGUUCGAGAUGGGGAGAAUGCAGGGGAUAUUUGGGGAACGGAGGAGUCUUUCCAAAGGAUCAAAGAUUUCUUGCUCAAUCUUCCUGGUUGGGAGUCUUGCUGUAUAUAA